CGCCCGUGAUAUUGCUUCCUUGCAGGAUUUCUCUGCACAAGGAUCGUAUUUUAAAAAUGUAAGGGAUCCCGCUCGGGAGGAUGUCCCAUUCUCCCACAAUCAGCGCGUCCACCAUGUCGUACUUCGACGAGUCCAAAGGCCUCAAGGUCACCCCGGUCCAGGACCCCAGCGAGGACAUCGGAAUCGCCAAUUCUUCAGAGCUCAAAUCAAGCGAUGAAAGUCAUGAAGUCUUCAAGCGAGGAGAUGGCCAAGUCGACUUCCGCACCGUCAGUUGGAUCCGUGCCUCCGCAAUCUUCCUGAAGAUGCUAUUCGCAACAGGAAUCCUCUCCAUCCCAUCAGUCAUGUACGAUCUGGGUGCCUUCCCUGGCGCUGUCAACCUGGUCGGAUGGUGCGUUAUCAACGCCUACGGGGCUAUUAUCCUAGGGAACUUCCGCACCCUCUACCCACAAUGUCACUCCGUGGCCGACAUGGCUCAGCUCACCGGAGGGCCCAUCCUCCGCGAGCUGGUCGGCUUCAUGUUCAUCGUGACAUACGUGAUCACCGCCGCAUCAGGGAUCAUCGGCGUCUCCGCCGCAUUCAACGCCCUCUCCCUCCAUUCCCUAUGCACAGUCUGGUUUGCCUUCAUCUCGACCAUCAUCAUCGCCGGCUUUGCCAGCGUGCGCAAAUUCUCCCACAUUGGCUGGCUCACCUGGGUCGGCUUUGCCAGCAUCCUCGCCGCCGUCCUCAUCGUCGUAAUCGGCGUAACCACCCGCACCCGCCCCGCCAUCGCCCCCCAAACGGGCCCCUACGACCUCGGCUACCGCGUAAUCGGCCACCCAACCUUCGCAGCAGGCAUAACGGCCUCAGCAACAAUCUUCGUCUCCAGCGCCGCCACCUCCGCCUUCCUGCCCGUAAUCUCCGAAAUGCGCAAACCCAAAGACUACCCCAAAGCCGUCUACCUGUGCAUGACCUUCGUAACGGCCUCCUACCUCGCCUUCGCCCUCGUCAUCUACCGCUGGUGCGGACAAUGGAUCGCCUCCCCGGCCCUCGGCAGCGCCGGCCCAACCCUCAAACGGGUUGCCUACGGCAUCGCCCUGCCCGGCCUGAUCGUCAGCGGAUCCCUAUACGUCCACGUCGCAGCGAAAUACCUCUUCGUGCGAAUCCUCCGUCACUCGCGCCAUCUACAAGCCAAUACGAUCAUCCACUGGGGUACCUGGCUGAGCUGUACGAUCGGGUUGGCUGCGAUAGCAUUCAUCCUGGCCUGUGCGAUCCCCAUAUUCACGUAUGUGUUAGCGCUGGUGGGGAGUUUGGGGUUCGCGCCGUUGGCGUUGUGUUUGCCCGGUUGGUUGUGGGUAUAUAGUCAUGGAGAUUAUUGGGGAGGAGGGGUGGUGAAGCGGGGGGUGUAUUUGUUGCAUGUGGGGUUGAUAGUGUUGGGAAUGUUUUUGACGGUGGGCGGGACGUAUGGUGUGAUUGUUCAGAUUUUGGAUGCGUAUCGGAGUGGUGAGAUUGAUGGGGUGUUUUCGUGUGCGGAUAAUAGUGGUUCGACUUGACUUGAUGGUGGCUUGUUGGUUUUUUGUUUGAUUAUCUGUUGGAGUACGUAAAAUGGCUGGAUGUAUAGAUUACUUUCAUUGAUAUGGAUAUGAAUGGGAUAGAACG